AUUUUCCGAAUAUUCUAAUUGAAAUGACGAAUUUUGCAUAGCUCGUACUAAUGUUAGCUGAAUGCAGUUUUCAAAUAAUUCUACGAUAGUACAAUUUGGUACUUAUUGGUUGGUUAAACCGAAGAAACCCACUCGGUUUACUAAAACGUAAACCGACGCGUGGUAUUGUGAAAAGGUGAUUGGGUGAGAAGCCUAACUGGCUGUCUCUCGGCUGUGUCACUACUAGGUGGGCAUCUAAAGAAAAAACCACUUGUUUCCUCAUAUUCUCUCUUUUUUUAUAAAAAAAUUAAUCUUUUCUUCUUUUAUCAUCUCCAAAAACUCCAACAUCUCUCGCUCAAAAAGGAGCCAUGAAUGGUGAAGAAAGCUUCGUUGAAGAUUGCUCUGAGUUUAUUGAAGUUGAUCCUUCAGGAAGAUAUGGAAGAUACGAGGAAGUACUUGGCAAGGGAGCUUCGAAGACAGUAUACAGAGCUUUUGAUGAGUACGAAGGGAUAGAAGUGGCAUGGAACCAAGUCAAGCUUCGAAAUUUCACUAGGAAUCCUGAGGAGUUAGAGAAAUUCUUUAGAGAGAUUCAUCUGCUCAAGACCUUGAAUCAUCAGAACAUCAUGAGAUUCUACACUUCUUGGGUUGAUACUGACAAUUUAUCAAUCAACUUUGUCACUGAACUCUUCACCUCCGGCACUCUCAGACGGUAUAGGUUGAGACAUAGAAGAGUCAACAUUAAAGCAGUGAAGCAAUGGUGUAAGCAGAUUCUAAAAGGGCUUCUCUAUCUCCAUAGCCGCUCUCCUCCAAUCAUCCAUAGAGAUCUCAAAUGUGAUAACAUCUUCAUCAAUGGAAACCAGGGAGAAGUCAAGAUUGGUGACCUUGGACUCGCUGCCAUUCUUCGUAAAUCACAUGCUGUUCGCUGCGUUGGAACCCCUGAGUUUAUGGCACCAGAAGUGUAUGAUGAAGAGUACAAUGAGCUGGUUGAUGUAUAUGCUUUUGGAAUGUGUGUAUUAGAGAUGGUCACUUUCGAUUACCCUUACAGUGAAUGCACUCAUCCUGCUCAAAUCUACAAGAAAGUUACCACGGGGAAGAAGCCUGAAGCUUUCUACUUAGUGAAGGACCCUGAGGUUCGUGCCUUCGUUGAGAAGUGUCUAGCCACCGUGACGUCUAGGCUUACUGCUUUGGAGCUUUUGCAAGACCCUUUCUUACAAGGAGAUGUUAAUGGAUUUGAUCUGAGACCUACUGAUUACUACAACGGUUAUGAUGAAACUGGUGUGUUCCUUAGACAACCUCUCAUAGAUCCUCCUGAUCAGCUUGAGCCACAGAUAUGUGAGAUCAAUCUUUUCGCUCAAGACGAUGAGGAAGACUCUGACCAUGUAGACAUUUCGAUCAAAGGGAAGAGAAACGGACGUAUAAGGAACAUAUACUUCCCGUUUGAGACGGCUAUAGACACAGCGUGGAGUGUAGCAGAAGAGAUGGUGUCUGAACUCGACAUAACGAAUCAAGACGUUGUGAAAAUCGCGGAGAUGAUCGAUGCGGAGAUUGCUGCUUUGGUUCCUGACUGGAAGACUGAUGAUCACAACGUUACAGAAGGUGAAAAAAAUGGAGGAUUCUGUGGGAACUGUGCUACGAAUGGGUAUAUACAAGAGACAGUAUCAUCAAACAGUGAACUCUCAGGGGAGAAACCUCACCAACAUCAUUAUCAGUUUGAUGAGAGAAGCUGUUCUUCGGUACACGGUAGGUUCGAGGAGAUAAGUUACCAAGUGGAAGGAGAAGAACAGCACGGAGAUGGUGGUGAUGUUGUUGUUGUUGUGUCUGGAGAAGGUAAUAAUAAUAAUAACAGGAUUCACUACGCGGAUAUUUGGGGAUUGAGAGAUUCACGUUCUGAUGAUGGAGAAGAGGAGCAGGGGUCGGUGAGUUUGAGUUUGAGUUUGAGUAAGAGGAAGAAGGUGAGAGGUGAGUGGUGGUCGGAGAAUGAGAUAAGGAGAGAGUUGAGAUGGCUUAAGGCAAGGCAUAAGAUUCAGCUUGAUCAUCAACGGGUAUGUUGUGAGAAACCGACGGAGUCAGCUUCACCGCCUCUUCUUUACAGGGCGAUCUCGCUUCCCGUCGACGCCGUUGAUAUAUGAGAUUGUAUAAAGUCUAAUUAAAUGAGAACAUCUAAUCAAAUGGCUUAAGAGCAUGAUUAACGGUAAAACCGUUUAUGGGAUCCUU